AUGGUUGGCCUGGCCUCAUGCAGCGGCAAGAAGGCGGGAUAUGGCAUCGUCCGUAAGGGUCAGUCCGCUACCUGUGCGAAUAAACCACACAAAUCGAGCCAUGGCAGCACACAUACGAAACGAGACCUUUCUGCAAGUCAAGAAACAGGCAUUGUGUCCAAUGAGCCGCUCAACGACCCAAACUGGCGUAGAAGACGCGCUCAUAAUGGCCAGGACAAUUCUACGACAGCUACUCCCAAGAAUAUGGAACUCUUGGUCCAGGACACCCCUCUGGCCACAUUUUCAUCGCAUCACAACUUUUCACCCUUUGUGCAAGAUUCGAUGAAGCAGCAGCCAAGUGCUCAGGAAGUUUUGAAAAAGUCAGAAGUCGAGUUUGAGCAUUCCACAAAUCCCCAUUGCUACACUGGUGACGAUAGUCUGGGGUGGAGCGCGUACAGUAACUUUCUAGGAAGCCACAUGUCUGGCAACCAUUUUUUCGACGUGGUACGACAUGCCAAGCUACACGGCCAAGGACAAGGACGCACCCUUGAUCUAUUUGGAGUGGCAUGCAGUCAUGACUCUUCAUAUAGCGACAAAAGAUGCACAAUUGCAAGGCUUUCUUCUGGUGACGAGAGUGUCGACGAUAGAUUCCUUCAAAUGAUAUCAAGAAAACACACUCUUACGCCAGACGAGAGCCAGGGAUAUCAAUUGAUGGCCGCUUUGAAAGCAACUGAGUCAACACCUCGGAAGAUCGGCCACACAUCUUCGAUUGGCCAGGAUACAUCGCGGCGUUUGUCCUGUCUUUCGGAGCAAUCUCUCCUUCAAAAUGACAAAAUUCUGGGGGUAAUUGAACCAUGUCGACUUGAUUCCAAAGACUCUGGGUUCUCGUUCGCAUCGGGAAGCCAGCAGGACUUUAACAAUGGUGAUGCCGGCAUUGAUGCAGGGGCUUCGAAUACCUCGGGGCAUCAGCAACAUGCCUUGGAACAAAAGGACAUAGCGUUUCAAAAGUUAAUAAAAAGGUUGAACGGUGCUAGCUCGCAAGAGAAGAAAUCGGUUGAUCGAAGUCGUGACAGCGGAUAUGAGCCUGAACCAUUGCGAACACAACAACCUCAGACUCGGCCUACAGGGACAGCUCCUGUCCCUGCGACACGACGACCAACCCAUGGAACGGGAAGGCGAGUCAACACCGCUUCAGACUUCGCUGUUAGAUACUGGCCUGUGUCGGAGUCGCGGCGAGGAGACCACUCCACCGACUCGACGGCUCGUGAUGCCCCGGAUAAAUACAACUCGCUGAAUCCUAAGGCCAGAGAGUUCCUUUCGUUUUCACAAAAGACGGAAAAUACGCCAUGGAAAGGUCGGCGACCGGCAUUGCUAUCAUUUGAUAUCUCGAUUGACGAGCAAGUGGACGAGCCUUCCCGCCGCGAGGUGCUCGCAUCAGAACCUGCACACAAAGCUCCAGCCGCUAGGGACAAUCAAUUCGUUGCACCAAAUGGAGCAGUAACGGUGCCAUAUAUGAAUGCUACGAGUAUUCCUCUCCUUUUCCAGCCAUUUCCCCAUUCCAGUGCGUCUUUCUUGGGUCUAAUUCCACUCAUGCCAGAUGCAUCUAAACCUCUGAUGGCACAACCAGGAGUGUGGCCGACGAGUCACGCCGUCACACCUAUACCGGAUACUUGUGUACCGCUUCAAACGAAGAGUUUUAUGCCUCCAAUCACACAAAAUCAAUUAUUUAAUGGCCUGGCGUCACCUUGCUCGCAACCUAAGAUCGGCGUGCCGAAUACAAGCAGUGUUCCUCCAGUAGCCCAGACAAACAACUCCCUACCUCGCCGAGUUCCAAAGCCAAAGCAACCUAACUCGAAGGAUCAGCAGGAAUAUGAAGCUUGGGUAGAAUGGAGAAAAGCGACGGAGCCGGGCUAUGCAAUGGCCUGCAAGCUUCGACAACAGCGACGGGCUCAGCGUAAUGGACCAAAAGCAAAGCAAAACCAGUCCAAACCUGGGUCAGAGUAA